AUGAGCGGCAACGACGAGAAACGAAAGCUGGAAGCGCAGUACUUCCCUCCUCCUCCUCCUGGUGGUCCCCCUCUGGGUUGUCAACAGCCUCCUCGCCAUCCCGACGAGGUUCCCAUUCCCGACUACAACCCAUCGAAUCCCCAAUAUGCGCCCAGGGAAGACAUCUACGGCCUUAGCCCGACCGACGAACACCCACCUCCAUUCCCUCCUAGACCUACCUCGUCUGGCAAGGCUGGACCUGGAGACGAAAAGGUCAAGCUCUCAUGGGGUCAGAAGCUAGCAGGAUGGGGAACCAAGGCCGCCGCUCCCAUCAAUGCCCUGGCCAACAAGAUGGGCUCCGAGGCUUUCCUGCCAGGUCCUAUUGAUAAGGAGGUCGAGAAGGCUGCCCGUAUCUUGAGGAGCUUCUGCAAGGACGGCAUCUACAGCGACGCAGCUCCAACGACUGCCCCUCCUCAAACCACCUUCCCCGUCGCCAACAAGCCCGUUGAUGCUGCCACUGCCAAGAAAAAGUCGCGUGUUCUCCUCACCAUUCCUUCCAAGGUCAUUGCCAAGGCCCAAGGCUUGGCCAUCUUCACCACCGUCCGCGCCGGGUUCCAGGUCACGGGCGCCAGCGGCUCUGGUAUUCUGAUCGCCCGACUCCCCGACGGCAGAUGGUCUCCUCCAUCCGGUAUCCACGUUCACAGCAUUGGCGCCGGCUUCGUCGUCGGUCUGGAUAUCUACGACUGCGUGGUCGUCAUCAACUCCAAGGAGGCCCUCGAGGCUUUCACCCGCACCCGUCUCAGUCUCGGUAGCGACCUGGCUGUUACCGCGGGCCCAUGGGGCGCUGGUGGUGCUCUGGACUGGGGCGUGCCACAGGGACAGAAGACGGAUAAGGGCAAGGGCAAGGAUGGAAAGCCUGCGUCGAGGCCAACAACCGCCGAUGGCAAGCCCAUCCUGUCCCCGGAUAACACCCAGUUCACCAACCCGCCCGUUGAUCCUGACUACGACCCGGACCACCCAGACAACGCCGGCAAGGAAGCCAACAAGAACCGCAAGCCCAGUCCCUUCGUCGAGGCCGUCAAAAAGCCCGUCUACAGCUACGUCAAGUCGCGCGGCUUUUAUGCUGGUGUCCAAGUCGACGGCACCGUCAUCACCGAGCGCAAGGACGCCAACGCCGUGUUCUACGGUAGGCAAGUCACCGUUCAGCAGAUCCUCAAUGGCGAGGUUCCCCCUCCUCCCGCUGUCAACGGUCUCUUUGAGGUUCUGAAGGGCGCCGAGGGAUGGAGAGGUCAGCAGGGCCAGCAGUUCCAACAGCAGCAGACGGUCCACAUGCCUCAGGGACACAUCCCCCAGCAUCAUGUUCAGCCUACUCCUGUUCAGCAGCAGCCGUACCCCGGCCAAGGACAGCAGCAACCGUACCCUGGACAAGGACAGCAGCAACCGUACCCUGGACAAGGACAGCAGCCGUCGUACCCUGGACAAGGACAGCAGCCGUCGUACCCCGGCCAGGGACAGCAGCCCUCAUACCAACCUCAGCUCCUUUCCGAGCAAUCUCCCGGUCCCGAGGGAUACUAUGCUCCUGGCAAGCCUCCCGGUGGCCCAGGCCCAGCUGGUGGUCCCGCCGCCCCAGCGCCCGCAGGAACAGGAGGUUACCUCUAUGACCCCCAGCUCCUCUCCGAGCAGCCACCUCAGGGUCAAUACCCCGGUGGCGCCCACCGUCAUUUCUCCCCCCUGAACCAACACCCAACAGACGCCUACCACGCCCCUCCUCCUCCUGCCUCUACAUACAACACGGGAGGCGGCCCGGCUGAAGUUAGUGGCGUAACCUCCGGUAUCCGCGGUCUAGACCUCAACUCGGCCGGCCCAUCCAUAGGAACCGCCGGAGUGGUACCACCCGCUCCUGGCCCACAGGCAUCAGAUGCCGCCCGGGCGAAGGCUGCCGAAGCUGCUGCUGAGUCUGCGGCUGCCCAGUCUCAUGGCCAUGCUCAUGGGUCCGACGGCCCGCCCCCGCCUUCGUAUGAGGAGUUUGGGUCGUCUUCGUCAACUGCCCCAGCUGUGCCUGGCUACCCUGGACAUCCGGCCCAUCCUUCCCAGACGGAUGGAGUAACUGGUGGGGAUGAGUUGCCGCCUGCGUAUGUAGAGGAUGGAGUCUAUAGGCCGGAUGUGGGUGAUCAUAAGCGUCAGCAGUAA